CACACACACACACACACACACACACACACACACACACACACACACACACACACACACACACACAUACUGACCUCACCAUCACCAUGACCACCUCAGCCCUGCGUCGCCAAGUGAAGAACAUUGUGCACAACUACUCCGAAGCAGAGAUCAAGGUGCGCGAGGCCACCUCCAACGACCCAUGGGGGCCCUCCUCCUCCCUCAUGACGGAGAUCGCUGACCUGACCUUCAACGUGGUGGCGUUCGCCGAGGUCAUGGGCAUGCUCUGGAAACGCCUCAACGACAGCGGAAAGAACUGGAGACACGUGUACAAGGCCCUGACCCUUUUGGACUACGUCCUGAAGACCGGCUCGGAGAGGGUCGCGCAUCAGUGCCGGGAGAACGCCUUCACCAUCCAGACGCUGCGGGACUUCCAGUUCGUGGACCGCGACGGCAGGGACCAGGGGGCCAACGUAAGGGAGAAGUCCCGCCAGCUGGUGUGUCUUCUGCGGGACGUGGAGCGACUGCGGCAGGAAAGGAGCCAGGCCUUGAAGACCAAGGAGCGCAUGGCCGGCGGCGGCAGUGGAGGUGGCAGUGGAGGAGGAGGUGGCAGUGGAGGAGGAGGGGGAGCUGAAGGGGGGAUCUACGGAGGGGUCCCCCCGUCCUACCACCCCGGCCGGCGAACCAGCCAGCCCAGCAUGGCCGUGCUCUACGGGGAAGAGUUCAGCCGUUCGCAAGGCUCUCCGUCCUCCUUCAACUCCUCGUCCUCGUCCCCUCGAGAGGCGGCCUCCGACCUUGAGCAGGCCCGCCCCCAGACCAGCGGGGAGGAGGAGCUUCAGCUGCAGCUGGCCCUGGCCAUGAGCAGGGAGGAGAACCAAAAGGAGCAGCGCUGUCGCCAAGGCGACGACUCACUGUUACAGAAGGCCCUGGACGAGAGAAGGAGGGAGAGCCAGUCAGACACGCAGGAGCCCUCUAUGCUGGAUCUGGUGGACGUCUUUGGGGCCCCUCCCUCUCAGGUCACACCUACCUCCAGUAAUGACCUCUGGCCCUCCACCCAGCACGCCUCGGACGUCUCCCCGGACCCCUGGGACUCUGUGGCGGUCCGCUCCGGCAGCCCCCUGCGGGGCGGUCCCUGGGGGGAUGCCGCGGCUGGCCCGGCCCCUCCCGCCGCGGCGCCCGCCCACGCGUCCAACCCAUGGGCCCCGUCCUCCGCCUCGCCCACGGACCCCUGGGAGCCCGAGCCCCAGUCCCCCAGCGACGGCCCCCCUGGCUGGGGGAGCCCCGCGCACCGCACUGCAGGAGUGGAUGAGACGGACCCGUUCUCCGUGGAGGAACAGGGGGGUCUGAACGACGAGGCUCCUCACAUCUCCUCGCCCCAGCUGGUUGGAGCAGGUUCGGACGCAGGUCCGUUGGACGGGCCGGCGGAGUCGGACCCCUUCGGCGACGCGGACGCCGCGGCCUCCGGUGCGUUCGGCUCGGAGCCCCCGCAGGCGAGGCCGCAGGUGAACGGGCGCGGCACGGCCAGCCCGGAGAUGUUUGACCUGUCGCGCCUGGCGCCGCCGCUCAGCGCCCCGCCCCUUCGCAUGUGCCGGACCCCCGAGGCCUUCCUGGGGCCCACGGGGGCCUCGCUGGUCAACCUGGACGUCCUCAUCUCCUCGUCGCCCCCCGGCAAGGUGCACCAGAACCCCUUCCUCUCAGGCCUGACCGCCCCGUCGCCCACCAACCCCUUCCGCUGCGACCAGCCCCGGCUGACCCUCAACCAGAUGCGGCCGGCCUCCACCUCGCCGCUGCCGCCCCACAUGCUCCCCUACAGCCCCUCUCUGCCCCUGCCGCUCCAGCGCCAGCAGCCCGUGCUGGCGUCCUCCCUGACCCAGCCCUCCGGCGGGCCCAUGGACCUGCCCUCCAACCUGCCCCGGCCCCUGCUCCCCCUGUCCCCCCGCCCGGCCCCCCGCGCCCAGGCCCACGCACACAGCCACAACCCCUUCCUCUGAGAGGAGGCCCGCAGCCCGCAGCCACGCUUCUACCGUCCCGGUGGCUCUGGAGGGGCCGGAGGACACGGAGGAAACGCGGCUAUUCCUGGGGGAUUUGAUGGAUUGUUGCUUUGUUCAAACCCGGGUUGUUCCACUGUCCCCGGUGGAAGUGGAUCGAGGCUAUGGCUCUGGUGUGAGCUAAUCCUAAACCGGGUCUUUAUCUCAGUCUAAGGACACCCCAAACGCUAUAACGUUGACUCCUGAAGAGGCAAAUGCGCACAUUUGUGGCGUGCGCUCAUAUACACAAACAUGCACUCACUCUCACACACACACACACACACACACACACACAAACUAUCACAAAGAUGCGAAUGCACAAAAAGUGAGCAUCUACACACAAAAAUGCGCCGAUGUACGGUGCAAGAGUUCACAGAGCACUCCUGAUACACCCAGAGAACAGGGAGCGGUGCUUUAGGGGGGGACGUACAGGAGAGCCUUACCUGCCACCGCUGAUUUUACCUUCUGGGCCCACGGGGUCCUCACUGCUGCUGCUUCACCGAGAGCAUGAAUGCAACCCGCUCACCCGGAGCUCCAGAAGUUAUAACCGAUGGAAGCCACGAGCAUUUAGUCAACGGAGGGAGAAUGUCUAUAUCCAUGUUGUCGUAACCCAUGUGGUCCUCGUUUUAUUUCCUGCUAAGUGAUACCAAUGCCUACGAAGUAGAGGAAACGGUUGUCGAGAACGACGAGGUUUUGCAUCGAGCGGAACAGUAACCGAUGUCCAUCCACCACCCCUAACCAGACGACCUCUUUGCUCAAACUUAGAUAUCAGCCACCGUCGACAGCUUUGACACCAGCACUCCCAGCCUCCUUUAAUCAUUUAACCACACAAUGGGCGGUACCAUGAGAACUAUGUGACUCAGGUAUGUUCCAACAUGCCAGCAAAGACACACGCGCGCACACACACACACACACACACACACACACACACACACACACACACACACACACACACACACACACACACACACACACACACACACACACACACACACACACACAAAACGAUAUCGGGUUAAUGCUCUGCUCUCAAACCAUGUGUGACUGGACGCCAGUUCCACACUGAA